CUGUGCAGGCACAGACAGAGAGCGGCUGCAGCUGGGUGAGGGAGUCUCUCCGGAGCACAGGGACCGCAGCAGCGCAUCCUGAGUACCAGCACUCUGCCUCUCAUGAGCUGGGAAAGUGAGGCUCUGCCACCAGCCGCUCUGCAGUAUGUGGAUGCGCUCCAUACAUAGGAGAGAGCUGUGACCGGACCUGAGCUGGGGGCUACUCUGCAAUAUAUGGAUUAUACUCCUGCCCUUCAUACCGCGGAGCUGUGACCGGACCUGAGCUGGGAUAGUGCUCUGCAAUACAGUAUAUGGAUUAUAACUCUGCUCCUGCCCUCCAUACCCCAGAGCUGUGACUGGACCUGAGCUGGGAUAGUGCUCUGCAAUACAGUAUAUGGAUUAUAACUCUGCUCCUGCCCUCCAUACCCCAGAGCUGUGACUGGACCUGAGCUGGGAUAGUGCUCUGCAAUACAGUAUAUGGAUUAUAACUCUGCUUCUGCCUCCCAUACCCCAGAGCUGUGACUGGACCUGAGCUGGGAUAGUGCUCUGCAAUACAGUAUAUGGAUUAUAACUCUGCUUCUGCCUCCCAUACCCCAGAGCUGUGACUGGACCUGAGCUGGGAUAGUGCUCUGCAAUACAGUAUAUGGAUUAUAACUCUGCUCCUGCCCUCCAUACCCCAGAGCUGUGACUGGACCUGAGCUGGGAUAGUGCUCUGCAAUACAGUAUAUGGAUUAUAACUCUGCUUCUGCCUCCCAUACCCCGGAGCUGUGACUGGACCUGAGCUGGGAUAGUGCUCUGCAAUACACUAUAUAGAUUAUAACUCUGCUCCUGCCCUCCAUACCCCAGAGCUGUGACUGGACCUGAGCUGGGAUAGUGCUCUGCAAUACAGUAUAUGGAUUAUAACUCUGCUUCUGCCUCCCAUACCCCAGAGCUGUGACCGGACCUGAGCUGGGAUAGUGCUCUGCAAUACAGUAUAUGGAUUAUAACCCUGCUUCUGCCUCCCAUACCCCAGAGCUGUGACAGGUCCUGAGCUGGGAUAGUGCUCUGCAAUACAGUAUAUGGAUUAUUAUAACCCUGCUCUUGCCAUCCAUACCCCGGAGCUGUGACCGGACCUGAGCUGGGAUAGUGCUCUGCAAUACAGUAUAUGGAUUAUAGUCUUGCUUCUGUUCUCCAUAACCCGGAGCUGUGACCGGACCUGAUUUGGGACAGUGCUCUGCAAUACAGUAUAUGGAUUAUAGCCCUGCUCCUGCCCUCCAUACCCCGGAGCUGUGACCUGACCUGAGCCAGGAUGGAGAGCGAGGAGGAGUGGAAGAUCUCGGUCUGGCUGUGCGAGGAAGAGAAGCUGGUUUCGGGGCUGACCAGGCGUACGACUUGCGCAGAUGUGGUGAAGGUGCUGCUGGAGGACCACAACCAGACGCAAGCUGCAGAGGGCUCCAUGCUGCUAGGGCCACCCCACUGCUACUGCAUAGUGGAAAAGUGGAGGGGCUUCGAGAGGAUACUCCCCAACAAAACCAAGAUACUGAGGCUGUGGACAGCAUGGGGUGAGGAGCAGGAGAAUGUCAGGUUUGUGCUGGUGAGGAGCGAAGCAUCUCUGCCCAAUGUAGGUCCCCGAAGCGCUGAAGCCAAGGUGGUCCUCAGCAAGGAAAGCCCCUGCCUGUUCAAGGAAGCCACCAAGGCAACUAUAGCUAUGACCAAGGAGAAACAGCGCAGGGUUGUUAGAAAGGCCUUCAGAAAGCUGGCCAGGAUGAACAAGAAGAGUCAAGAGACUUUAUCCAAAGACUCCAGCGCUGUAGAGAAGAUGGAAACUCUGGUACAUCUGGUCCUUUCCCAAGACCACACCAUCCGCCAGCAGGUGCAGAGAAUUUAUGACCUGGACAGGGAUAUAGAAAGGUAUGAGGCUAAAAUACAUUUUGACAGGAUGAAAAGACAUGGGGUUAAUUAUGUCCAAGACACAUAUUUGGUCGGGGUACUUCCAGAUAAGGACUGUGACAGCAAUCCAGAAGGAAAAGUUUCCCAAGAAGAACUAUUUGUAGACAUUGAGGACUAUGCUGAGAAAUGUGAGGGGAUCUUGUUGCUCCAAGAUCAAAUCACCCAACAAGAGACCCUUAUUGAACAGAUUACCACCCAUAUUCAAGAGGAGUUGAAUAAAAGGUGGAUGGACCGGCGCCAGGAGGAGCUGUCUGCAAAGGACCAUGACCCUUCCACCACUACUGGUGGAGACCACGGCGAAUGUGAAAGUGAAUUGCUCUUUGAGCAGGAACAGGUCAAAACAGAGCUCAGUACCAGUCUCUACAUAGGACUGAGGUUGAACACAGACCUGGAGGCUAUCAGGGCUGAUUUGGAUUACACCCAAGACGUGUGGAGUGAAAAGGAGAGAGAAUUACAAAGUCUCUUGGAUAGUUUGGGUGCCCUAGAACUGUCAGAGAAACAGGACGUUGCUAAGGAGCUCAGCCCAAGUUGCUCACAGGUUGUAGAAACAACCUCUGUAGACAGCCCAGGAGUUUGGGUCAAAAAGGAUGGGGGGAGAUGUACAAACUGUGAGGGCAAUGACGAGGAUUCAGACACAGGACUGAGUUCAAUGCACAGUCAGGACUCUGACUCCACACCAGUCUGUGAAUCCUUGGUAUAGUGGACAUGACUAGGAGACCACACUCAGGGUGCACAGAAAGAGAGAUGCUCAGUCACUCCUGCUGUAGAAAGAUCUCCCUCCAUAUCUUAAUUAGCAGAUUGUAAUCACAAAGUGAACUUUUCAGUCCCUUUUUGCACACAGGCCGGGCAAGCACACGUAACUCCUGGAAUGCUGUACAUAGAAUGUAAGGUUUAUUUUCUACCUAAUGUAAAGUUUCUAUAAUGUUGCACACAACACACGCAGGGACAUUACGUGGGCUCUGACAGCCCUAGAAACAAUGGCUAUUGUAUGACAUUUAUUUUUAUUUUAAAAUAAAUAUUUGCUAAGUAUCCAUUUAA